AUGGCACCCUUUGUUUUGGCUUUCCUAUUCUUAUUCUUAAUGGGGAGUUCCAAGGGACAGCUUCAAGUGGGUUUCUACUCAAACACAUGUCCUCAAGUUGAGUCCACUGUCCAUGCCGUUGUUAGAGACGCUGUUGUCUCUGACCCCAACAUUGCUGCUGUCUUGCUCAGGCUUCAUUUCCAUGACUGCUUUGUUGAGGGAUGUGAUGGUUCAAUUCUGAUCGACAAUGGUCCAAAAUCGGAGAAAUUAGCAGUUGGACAUCAAGGGGUUAGAGGGUUUGAUGUGAUAGAAAAAGCCAAGGCACAACUAGAAGCGUCUUGUCCAGGCGUGGUUUCUUGUGCAGACAUAGUGGCAUUGGCAGCCAGAGACGCAAUAAUCAUGGCAAAUGGGCCAGGAUACCAAGUUCCAACAGGGCGGAGAGAUGGGUUGGUUUCCGAUCUUUCACUUGCAAGAGACAUGCCAGAUGUUAGUGACUCAAUUCAACUACUCAAGGCCAAGUUUCUGAACAAGGGUCUCACAGAGAAAGACCUUGUCCUUCUCAGUGCUGCCCAUACAAUUGGAACCACAGCUUGCUUCUUCAUGACCAAAAGACUUUACAACUUUUUCCCAGCUGGUGGAGGAUCAGACCCAGCUAUUAGCCCAAACUUUCUCCCAGAGUUGAAGGCAAAGUGCCCUCAGAAUGGAGAUGUUAACACACGUUUAGCCAUGGAUGAAGGGAGUGAGCAGAAAUUUGACAUACACAUUUUGAAGAACAUAAGGGAAGGUUUUGCUGUGCUAGAAUCUGAUGCCAGGCUUAAUGAUGACAUGGGGACCAAGGGUGUCAUUGACUCCUACUUUGGUCCCCUCAAUCAAUUUUUUGAAAAUUCUUUUGAAGCUGAUUUUAUUGAGUCAAUUGUGAAGAUGGGCCAAAUUGGAGUCAAGACAGGUUUCCUUGGAGAGAUUAGACGCGUGUGCUCAUCAGCCAAUUGAAGUGAAUAUAUAAUUAUAAUGAUCAAUUGAUCAUAAUAAUAUGUAUUAUGGCUUCUGGUUUAUUUUUAUUUUUUUUGGGUGGAUGGCUUCUAUAGUAUUUAUUCUUACGUCAUUAUAUCUGUUAUUG